AUGCCAGCUGAGGAAGGACGUAUUGCUCGCAAAUCCACGGUCUCUAAACAAAAUCGAAAACAAGUUCGCAGUGUACUAAAAAGCGAGAAGGUACUUCAUCGAUCAACAAGAAAACAGGUUGUAGAAGUAAUUACUCCACCUAUCUCUGCAAGGCUUAGAAGUGCUGGUACACGACAAGCAUUUGAAGAAACAAAUGUUAAGUUGGAUAACCUCCUUUUGAAACUGAAAGGUCGUAAAUCUGUUACUCAUGUGAAUCAAAUAAAACAGAAUGGUACACAUCUUGCUUUAAUAGUCGAAAGUAAUGGAAUACCUGAUGUAUUGAACAACCAUAAUCCGUCCACUGGUUCCUCGCAGAAUGGGACAGAAAAUAAAGUCUCAGAAACUCCUGUUCUACAACCCAUGACAAGCUCACGUUUUUGUAGCACCAUGUAG